GUUUGGGGGCCAUUCUGAAUACUGUAAUGAAUUUUUAGAGAUAAAGUUUGCGAAAUCGGGAAAUUUAAAAAAAUCUUUAAAAAUUCAUUAAGGUCCCAAGGAGUGUUUUUUGUUCUCAGGCAAAUUUGUUUGUCAUCGAAGACAACAAUAAAAAUGUCUCAAGAAAUCCGGGAGCAGGUCUUGAACCUCAUGAAACAGAAGGACAAAAUCGAGGACGAAAUCAAGCAAUUGACUGAAAUCCUGACUGUGAACGGGGUGGGCAUGAGUGACCCUUUGGUGGACGCUGAGGACUUCCCCCUCAAUUCCGUGGACGUGUACCAAGUCCGACACGCCAGGCAGCGCAUCAUCUGUUUGCAAAACGACCACAAAAACAUAAUGAAACAAAUUGAGAACGGCUUACAGGGCUAUUACUCCAGCUCUGGCAGCAACCAAUCGAACGGCCUGCAAGACAUUGAAAUGAGAAGCGACCACAACAGUGUCACACAUGAGACCCCCUUUGCCAAAGUCACGAUGGUGUCCCCAAACUCGCCUGCAGAAAUGGCGGGCUUGCAUGCAGAUGACUUUAUUGUCGAAUUUGGGUCAAUAAAUUCGAGCAAUUUCAAGAACCUAUCAGACGUAGCGACAGUGGUGCAGCAUUCAGAAGACAAUCAAAUACCAGUGAAGGUGAAACGUGGCCAAAGAAUUGUUCCCACGGUUUUGGUGCCAAAGAAAUGGCAAGGGAGGGGGCUUUUAGGCUGUAAUAUUGACGUACUAAAAUAAAAUUUAAAAAAAAAAACGA